AAGCUCAACUGUUUGAGCAGAACAUUUGCCAUCGAAGCUUCACCCCAGGAACAAGCUCUCCAGCCUGGACAUCAUGUCUGUGCGCUUUUCUUCUGCAUCCAGACGGCUUGGCUCUAGCGGGGGAGUGGGCUUUGGGGCUGCAAAUGCAUGUGGUGUGCCAGGCAUUGGAAGUGGCUUCUCUUGCGCUUUUGGGGGCAGCUCACCUGCAGGAGGCUAUGGCGGAGGGCUCGGAGCGGGGACGGCCUCUUGUACUGCCUUCAUGGGGAACGAACACGGCCUCCUGUCGGGCAACGAGAAGGUGACCAUGCAGAACCUCAACGACCGGCUGGCCUCCUACCUGGAGAAUGUGCGUGCCCUGGAGGAGGCCAACGCCGACCUGGAGCAGAAGAUCAAGGGCUGGUAUGAGAAAUUUGGGCCUGGUUCCUGCCGUGGUCUUGAUCAUGAUUACAGCAGAUACUUCCCAAUAAUUGAUGACCUCAGGAACCAGAUAAUUUCUGUAACUACCAGUAAUGCCAAUAUUAUCCUGCAAAACGAUAACGCAAGACUAACGGCUGAUGACUUCAGGCUAAAGUUUGAAAACGAACAGGCCCUUCACCAGAGCGUUGACGCGGACGUCAGUGGUUUGCGCAGGGUCCUGGAUGAGCUGACUCUGUGCAGAACGGACCUAGAGAUCCAGCUGGAAACUCUGAGCGAGGAGCUGGCUUACCUCAAGAAGAAUCACGAGGAGGAAAUGAAGGCCCUGCAGUGCGCGGCGGGCGGGAACGUGAACGUGGAGAUGAACGCGGCGCCCGGGGUGGACCUCACGGUCCUGCUGAACAACAUGCGGGCCGAGUACGAAGACCUGGCCGAGCAGAACCGCAGGGACGCGGAGGCCUGGUUCAACGAGAAGAGCGCUUCGCUGCAGCAGCAGAUUUCCGACGAUGCUGGUGCCACCACCUCAGCUCGGAAUGAGCUUACGGAAAUGAAACGUACUCUUCAGACUCUGGAGAUUGAACUUCAGUCCCUCUUAGCAAUGAAACAGUCCCUGGAGUGCUCCCUGACCGAGACCGAAGGGAACUACUGCACGCAGCUCGCCCAGAUCCAGGCUCAGAUCGGGGCCCUGGAAGAACAGCUGCACCAGGUCCGAACCGAGACGGAGGGCCAGAAACUGGAGUACGAGCAGCUGCUCGACAUCAAGGUCCACCUAGAAAAGGAAAUUGAGACCUACUGCCGCCUGAUAGAUGGAGAGGAUGGCUCUUGUGUUAAAUCAAAAGGCUAUGAAGGACCAGGAAAUCAAAGAAAAGACUCAUCUAAAACCACCAUGGUUAAAACGAUUGUUGAAGAAAUAGAUCCUCGUGGCAAAGUUCUCUCAUCCAGAGUUCACACUGUGGAAGAGAAAUCCACGAAAGCCAACAACAUAAAGAGUGAACAGAGGGUGCCUUCCUGAACCCCCAAAGAAGAGCCCCUAAAUUAAAAUACCAACCUGAAGCUAGGUUCCUAAGUGAAAGCCCUCUUAUUUUUCUGCUUUUCUUCCAGUGACUUAAGAACCUAUUUUUAGAAUUGUAGCAUUUCUUUGGAUUUCUCUCUGGUGGUGUUUCAAUAAAAACUCUUCUUGUUGCAAGACA